AUGAGAUCAUUAACAGAAGAAGAAACGAAAGUAGUAUUUGAAAAACUAGCCAAUUAUAUAGGAAGAAAUAUAUCAUUUUUAAUAGAUAAUAAAGAAAAUCCACAUGUAUUUAGAUUACAAAAAGAUAGAGUAUAUUAUGUAUCUGAAAAAAUUGCAAAUUUUGCAACAUCAAUAUCAAGAUCAAAUUUAAUGAGUUUAGGUAUAUGUUUUGGAAAAUUUACAAAAACUGGUAAAUUUAAAUUACAUAUAACUUCUUUAAGUUAUUUAUCACAAUUUGCAAAAUAUAAAAUAUGGAUUAAACAAAAUGGUGAAAUGCCAUUUUUAUAUGGAAAUCAUGUAUUAAAAGCUCAUAUUGGUAGAAUAAGUGAUGAUAUACCUGAACAUGCUGGGGUUAUAAUAUAUAGUAUGAAUGAUAUACCUUUAGGAUUUGGUGUUAGUUCUAAAUCUACUAAUGAAAUUAGAAAUUUAUCACCAACUGGAAUAGUUGCUUUUAGACAAGGUGAUAUUGGGGAAUAUUUAAGAGAAGAAGAUACUUUAUUUACGUAA